AGGAGGGGAGGGUCUAGUCGGGGCACCACUGCCGGAAGCGGAAGUACGUCACGUUCGGCUUAGCGUCUGGAGGCAGCGGAGCAGCGCAGAGCUCUGACUGGAAAUCAGUGGCAGCGGCGGGAAGGAGGAAUUAUUUAGCCGCCCUACCGGUCAUGGCCGCCGCCACCAUUGUGCAUGACCCGUCAGAGGCGGUCCCGCUAUGCCCCGCACUAGGCCUAUACCUCAAGCCCAUAACGCGCAUGAGCAUCUCGGUGGCGCUGCCGCCUCUGACACCGCCCGGCAAGUCCAUCUCCAACUGGGAGGUAAUGGAGCGACUGCGGGCGCUCGCGCCUGCGCACGCACAGUUCUCGGUGCUGCGCAUCGCCAAGAGUACGCUGGAUUUCGUGCGCUUCGAGGGUGAGUUGGAGCAGCGCGCACUGGUGCGGCCUGUACUGGCCUGCCUGGAUGGGCGCACACUCAAGCUCAGCGGCUUCCCAGAUGCUCUGCGUGUGCGCGCCACCGAACUGCGCGCCGACUUCCCGACCCCCCAUGCCUGGGACGCCUUCUUCCGGGACGCCCCGGACAUGGAUGAGGCGCGGCCUGGGGAGCGGCCGGACACCGUUCACCUGGAGGGGCUGCCCUGCCGCUGGUUCGCGCCCCGGGAGGCCAUUUCUGGCGCUACUUCUGGUGCUGGGGGCGGGGCCUCAGAGCGACCCAGCGAGGAGCUGCUGCGCCAAGCUUUUGGCACUUUCGGCGAUAUCCGCCACGUGGACAUCCCUAUGCUCGACCCCUACCGGGAGGAGAUGGCUGGUCGCAGCUUCCACACCUUUAGCUUCGGCGGCCAUCUUAAUUUCGAGGCCUACGUUCAGUACCGCGAGUAUGCGGGCUUCGUGCGUGCUAUGAGCGCCCUGCGUGGCAUGAAGCUCAUGUACAAGGGCGAGGACGGAAAGGCGGUGGCCUGCAAUAUCAAGGUCUCCUUCGAUUCCACGAAGCACCUGAGUGACGCAUCGAUCCGGAAGCGGGAGCUGGAGCGAGAGAAGCUGCGGGAGCUGGAGCAGCAGCGCGAGGAGCAGAAGCGGCGGGAGAAGGAGGCUGAGGAGCGUCAGCGCGCAGAGGAGCGGAAGCAGCGCGAGGCCGAGGAGCAGGACCGAGAGCGCCGUCGCGAGGAGAAGCUGCGGCGCCGAGAGCAGCGGCGCAGCCGGAAGCGGGCAGAGAAGCUGCAGGCGGAGGAGCAGCGGCGGCUGCACUUCCGGGUUCGCACAGAGGAGCGGAAGCUACUCUUGGCCCAGCGCAACCUGCAAUCGCUGAGGCUGGUGGCAGAGCUGCUAGGCCGCGCAGAGGUGGCUGAGCAGCGGCGGCGACAGGAGGCAGAACUGCGGAGAGUAGAGCGGGAGAAAGAACGUGCACUCGGGCUACAGCGGCGGGAACGGGAGCUACGUCAGCGCCUUGUGACGCUGCUUUUGGGGCGCCACCCUGGCACCACCCUCUCUGACCCUGGCCCAGCACACACUGGCUCCGGAAGCCCGGCCCACUCUGAUCCGCUCAGGCCCGUUCUUGAUCUCCUGAGAGGUGUGUCACCCCACCCCGACCACCCGUCCGGAAAUGACAUCACCGCACCGUCCCAACACACACAGCUGGAUAACAGGAAGGAGCCGCAGGUCCUGGCCUGCAUCCCUGACAACGCCCUACCCAAGGCCACGCCCGCACCUGCGACCAUGCCCACCGGGGAUUCCCUCAGGGAGGAACACAGUGAGAACAAGUGCAACCGCGAACCUGAAACCACGACCCCUCUUGCACAGGAGCAGGGGGAGAGAAAUCCCCAACCCCGUCCUGCAAAGAACCGGAAGCAGCACCGGAAGCGAGCCCGCCGGGAAGAGAAAGAGCACGGGAGGCGGCACCGACGGGAGGAGGAAGGCAGAGGGCGGGACCGGAAGCACAGCCGCCACUACCGUCACCAUGGGAACCCAGCCCGCUCACGUUCACGCUCCCCACAGGCUGCUCCUUCCCGGGGGUCCUGGACACAGUGAUGGGUGAUGGCCACACCCAUGGGAAACAAGUAAACAACAACGCCCACAUUAAACACCCCAUAGGUCCCACCGAUGACUAGUGAAACAAUCAGCCAGUCUGCUACACAGAACACGCCUGCCACUCCCACCCCACACAGAUAUUCCUGACAGUCCUACCUGACCCAGUCCCUCUCCCUCCUUGCUCACCAAGCAGGUCCAGGACUGUCUAGUCCAGCCCGUUCAACUAACGUGAUCCUCCAAUGAGACGCUGGCCCACCUGUCACCUCAGGUCUGACAAGGCCAAAUCUGGGGGAGGUAAGACUGACUCUUUCCGAGCAGGUGGGAUGGGGCGGACCACGCCAAAUUGGAAUAUGGAGAAGUAUGAAUCCACUUAAAAUAAAAAUUUACUUGUGA